AUGCCAUAUACAACAGUGUGGAAAAUUGUUACGAAUAGAAUUCAACCUCGUAAAAAGCGGAGUGACUUUUCUACACAUAAAGCUGAAAAUCAAAAAGAUGCUGAGGUAAUUAGAAGAGCAAUUUACAAUUUCUAUUCAAAGAACCUAGUUCCAACGCUUAAUAUGAUCUACGAUCAACUUGUUAAAGACUAUUCCAUUACGUAUUCGCCUUCAACUUUAUCAAGAUUUUUGAAUCACAUUGGUUUUCGAUACAAGAAAAUUAAUAAGCGAUCAUCAAUAAUGGAUUCUCCUCGUCUAAUUAAAUGGAGAAAUGAAUACUUGGAUGCUAUAUCUAAACUUAGAGAUGAAGGAAGACCGAUAUUUUAUCUAGAUGAAACAUGGUUCGAUACCCACGAUACUGCUCAAAAGGGUUGGACAGACGAUUCUACUAAAUGUGCACCCAAUUAUCCAAUUAAUAGAGGUCAGCGAAUAAUUAUUCUGAACAUCGGAUCCAAAAAUGGCUGGCUUGGAGGGGAAAGUUUUUUAUUAUCGGCAAAAAACAUUAAAGAUUCAAAGCUGGACUACCAUAAAAAUAUGACAAGUAGCUUGUUUAAGGAAUGGUUUGAAAAGAAGGUGUUGCCAAAUUUGCCUCCAAAAAGUGUAAUUGUAAUGGAUAACGCACCGUAUCACAGCGAACAAAUUAGGAAAAUCCCCGGUGUAGAAACAUAUACAAAAAAAGAAAUGUUGGAAGUUCUUCACACAAAAGUGUUUGAGAAACAAUUUGUUAUAGACGAAUUAGCCAAACGUGAUGGUCAUAAUGUAUUGCGAUUACCUCCUUCCUACUGUGUCUUCAACCCCAUUGAAUUAAUCUGGAGCCAACUUAAGGAAAGUUUACGGCGAAACAACUGCUGUCUCAAAUUUAGUAGCGAAUCGGUGUCACAUGUUGUAGAAGAAAUUAAAAAGAUUUCCCCAACACUGUGGCAAAAUUGUGUUUCAAAUGUUACAGAAACGGAAGAUAAUUACAGAACAUUAACCUCACAUAUUAAACCAAUAAUUAUAACAUUAGAUAACGAUUCUAGUAAAGAUGAUAGCGAUAGUGACAUAGAGUUGUAA